GAUGGCCGCUCCCGUCUGAGCAAUGCUGCUUCUGUAAUCCAGUUUACUCCUGCAUUUGUGUAGUUUAGUUGUUAGUUUACCUUGAAUUUAUUCACACGUGUUAAUCGAGUGUUUUAACGGUUAUUGUGGAGAUGAAGACCUUUUGUGGACGAGCCAACCCGACCAGUGGAGCUUUAGACUGGGUGGAGGAGAGCGAGGAGUACGACUACCAUCAGGAGAUAGCCAGGUCCUGUUACGCAGACAUGCUCCAUGACCAUGACAGGAAUAAGAAGUACUACCAGGGCAUCCAAGCAGCUGUUGCUCGGGUAAAAGCUCGUGGUGAGAAGGUUAUUGUGUUGGACAUCGGUACAGGAACAGGCCUGCUGUCCAUGAUGGCUGUUACUGCUGGAGCUGAUUUCUGCUAUGCUGUCGAGGUUUUUAAGCCCAUGGCUGAGGCAGCACAGUGCAUCGUGAAGAAGAACGGCUUCUCUGAAAAGAUCAAGAUCAUUAACAAACACUCAACUGAUGUUACUGUGGGGCCAGAUGGAGAUAUGCAAAUGAAGGCCAAUGUUCUGAUAACAGAACUGUUUGAUACUGAGCUGAUAGGGGAAGGAGCCCUGCCCAGCUAUGAACACGCUCACCAAAAUCUGGUCCAGGAGGGUUGUGAGGCGGUUCCUCAUCGGGCCACAGUCUAUGCUCAGCUAGUUGAGUCGGAGCUGCUGUGGAGCUGGGCUCAGCUGCAGCCAGUGGAGGUGGAGGGGGCCCGUGUGGUCCCCCCUCCUGCUGUAGGCCAAUGUGCUGGAGCCCAUUCGGUGUGUGACAUCCAGCUGAGCCAGGUGUCUCCUCACAGCUUCUCCCCUCUGGGUCCUCUCUGCAUCAUGUUCAGUGUGGACUUCAGUAAACCAGUCAGCAGUGCGUUACAGACAUACUCCUCCCGGUUUGUGGCUGAGUCUGGCGGUCAGGCCCAGGUGGUCCUGUCCUGGUGGGACCUGGACAUGGAUCCUAGUGGAAGCAUUGUUUGCAGCAUGGCUCCCAGCUGGACAUACACACAACCAAAGACAGCUCCGUGGCGGGACCACUGGAUGCAGAGCGUGUACUUCCUGCCUGUGGAGCACACAGUGACCAAAGGAGAGGAGCUGAGUCUGACUGUUUGCCAUGACGACUACAGUCUGUGGUACAGUCUGCAGUCCCACAGCCAACAGAACUCAGAGUCUGACGCUCCUCCCUCUCGGCCAUGCUGUACCUGCCAGGCUCACCUGGUUUGGACCCGUCCACGUUUUGGAGAACUCAAUGACAGACAUCGCACAGAAAGUUACAUCAGUGCUCUGCGCAGUGUCCUGAAGGAAGACAGUGUUUGCCUUAGUGUGAGUGAUGGAAGUCUGCUUCCUGUGUUUGCACACAUACUUGGAGCAAAAAAGAUCUACAGUUUAGAAAACUCCAGAAUGUCCAAACAGGUUAUUGAGCAGGUGUUGGAAGCAAACUCAAUGAAAGGAGGCGUGGAGCUGCUAGAAAUCAGACCUGAGCAGCUGACCAGUAAUGAUCUAGGAGGUGAACAGAUCUCAGUCCUGAUGGGUGAACCAUACUUUAGCACCAGCCUCUUACCAUGGCACUCCCUCUUCUUCUGGUACUGUCGGACCGCACUGGCAGGCCUCCUCCAGCCCAACGCCACCAUACUGCCCCGCUCGGCCUCACUGCACAUGAUGGCUGUGGAAUUCCAGGAUUUGUGGAGGAUAAGAGCACCAUGUGGGACGUGUGAAGGCUUUGACGUAACACCCAUGGAUGAAAUGGUCCAGCGAUCUCUAGAUUUCCGGGAGUCUCGUGAGGCUGAGCCCCACCCUCUCUGGGAGUACCCAUGCCGUGCUCUUACGAGAUCCUCAGCCAUCAUGACCUUUGACUUCACACAGUGCGUCCCUCAACAGCCAAUCAACAGUCAGGGUUCACUGCCUCUCAUAAGGGCGGGUCGCUGCCAUGGUAUUGCGUUGUGGAUGGAGUAUCAUCUAACUGAUGACAUCACUGUCAGUGCAGGACUGAUUGGACCAAUCAGUGAGCAGGGUGAGUGUGAGUGGAGUGGACACCGGAAACAGGGGGUUUAUUUUUUCAGUUCACCGUGGGACAGUUCAGGUAAUGGCCAAGCUUCAGUGGCUUACAACUUCACCUUUGAACCCAACUUAGGAGACAUUAAGAUGGACUUCAGCAUCGAGUCUCAGUGACUGAAAACCAAUUAUUAAUUCUGUGCUUUAACAUCACUCGGCUGUCUGAAUUUUGUUCUUUUUGGGUGCUAAUUUAACAUCUGUGGUUCAGUCAGUAUAGCUUCCAUAUGAACUGAACAGAGUUUAUUGUUGUAAGAUUGAUGAACUGCGAGAGAAGAAUAGAAAGGGUUUUUCGUGAAAAUAACCUCUUGAAGGCAUUUCAGUAAAAAUUUUGAAGAACUAAAGUUUGGGUACCAGAGAUGGCAAAUGGCUUUUGUGUCUUAACCAAUUAAAGACCCUGUAACGCAAAAAUAAAUCUGUAUUUAGGUUUGUUGUAUGACAGGUCAGUGUGUUAUGAACCCUUGGGUCAAAUUUCAGUCAGAUAAAACAUUUCUAGGUUUGUAAAAUUAAGCU